AUGGAAGGCUUGUCAACAAAAGUGUACAAUGGUGUAAAAUGCUAUUGGAGAAGAAGAGGCUACCAACGUCUUGGCACCAGCACAGCCUCUGCGGUUCACAAUGGACACGCAGAGGCAGUGCCAGAUGCCAAGAGAAGGAGGAGAAAGUUGUGGCGGAUUAAUAUUAAUCCAAGGUUGAGAAUAAAGGUAAGGAGAUCUCCGAAAAAGUUUUUUUUAGGGCUUCGUGAUGCUUAUGUCAAGAUUAUGAUGAAGCUAGCGAAUACCUCGGUUGUAAGAGGAAGAACAAUGACGGGUUAUAAUGUAGAUGGGUUUGGCAAGACGACAAUUAAAGAAUAUGAUGAGAAAAUGAUAAUUGAGAUCUACAAGGUUUUGGCGAUCAAGCAAAAUCAUCAACAUGAGAUUCAAUCUAGAGUUGUUUGUUCGGUUUAA